GUCUGGCUGUUACAUGCUCUCCAGAUUUCGAGGAAGCAUACUCCCCAAAGCAAGAACCUUCAAUCUAUUCAGCAAGCGGAAUAUCACCACCAUGUCUGAGAAACUUAUCGUCAUUGUCGGCAUCACUGGCAACCAGGGUGCCUCUGUCGCCGACGUCUUCCUCAAGACCCCCGGCUGGAAAAUCCGUGGCAUCUCACGUGACCUGACGAAAGGAUCGUCCAAAGAAUGGUCCGACAAAGGCGUUGAGAUGGUCGCCGCCGACCUUAACGACGCCGAAUCCCUGAAGAAAGCUUUCGCUGGCGCGAACGUUGCCUUCGGCGUCACCGACUUCUGGCAGAGCGUCAAGAUCCCGGCCAACCAUGCCAAAGCCGCGCAAGAAGGCCGGACCAUCAAUGAAGUCGCGUACGACAUCGAGGUGCAGCAAGGAAAGAACAUUGUCGAUGCGGCAGCGGCUACCGUCAAGACGCUGGAUCGGUUCGUGUUGAGCACUUUGAGCAGUACGAAGAAGUGGAGUAAGGGCGCGAUUACGUUUAACCUGCAUUUCGAUGCGAAGUGGGAGGCGGUCGAGUAUUUGAGGGCGACGUAUCCCGAGUUGGAGAAAAAGACAAGCUUCUUGCAGGUUGGGUACUUUGCGACCAACUGGAGGGGUGGAGGAAUGAUGGCACCGAGGAAGCAACCGGAUGGCACGUAUAUUCUCCGGGUUUCCAUGUCUGGCGAUGUCAAGUUCCCAAUGACAGACCCCCGCGCCGACGUUGGCAGCUUCACCAAAGCUCUGGUGGACGUUCCGGCCGGCAAGAACUUGAUCGGCGCUGGGAGCAAGCUCAGCUGGAAGGAGUGGGCGGCGCUCUGGGGCGAACACAACGGCAAGACGAUCACUUAUGAAGUGGCGCCGCGAUCAGAGCUAGAGGACGCCAUUCCUGGCCCAGUCGGCAAGGAGCUGGCUGAUAUGAUCGAGUACAUUGACAAGUUUGGCUACGACGGCAACGAUCCUGAUGUCGUUUAUCCCGAAGAUCUUGGUAUCGAGGUUCCUCGCACGACUAUGGCGGAGUACAUCAAGAAGACUGAUUGGACGCCAUGUUUGUAGGUUUUCUUGGAGGGAAGCCCCUAGUGGAUGAGAGAAAGAAGUUAUAUGUUCCUGUACGGCCCGGUUCCGCUGUGUGGGCCGUUCUCGUAGCCUAGCAUAAAUUCUACCGGUCAAUUUAAAGCUUGCUCG